GAAAAAAGUGUUUGGUGUAUUUUAGUUACUGAUAAAAUAACAUCGAACAAAUGAUUUGUAUAUAUAAAGUGGUCUAAUUAGUUGAUAAGACUGAAAAGACAAAAAAUAGGGUAGCCAAACCAGUGAAGCAACUUUAGGUUUCACGACAAUCAUAUGGCUCUACGUUUUGUGGUGAAGAAGGCUGGCGCCGCUCGUUGGUGUAAAAACUCGAUAUUUCCUCCAUCUUUUAGGGGAACAACUUCAUGCAUCACUACCAGUCGCCAUGAAGAUUCCGGCGCGAUGAUGACGAUUCGACGGCAUCGCUGUAACUGCUGCACGGAUCCUCCUUCAAAAACCGUCGACCUUACCACGAAAAAUUACGAUCCUCUGCUCUUCACCCUCCCCGCGUUCGAGAAGUACUACAACCAGCUCAAGGCUACUCUGGGGUUCGGAAUCGAUGUGGAUCUGGGUGACUACCCGAAUGUAAUCCGGCCUUUCCAUGGGCCCUUAGAUUCUCCUGAGCUCACUACCCGUGCCCGUUUUGCUGUUCAUCAACACAACAUCUCAGACCAGAACGGUGCAGCCGUCCGGUUCGAGAAGGUGGUGAAAGCAAACAGAUUGGGUGACCAGAAAUACUUUCUGAUUUUCCAUGGCUUUGAUGAGUCUCAGAAGAAGAAGAAAAGAUACAGAGCUUUAGUAGAAGGUGAUCAAGAAACCAAUUUCCAGCUCAAAAGAUUCGAUCUUUACGGGGAUGCUGAUGAACCACUCGUUCUUUACCACACGCGGGUGAACUACUUGAACGGUUUUAUAGUUAUUGAAAACCCCAGUGAUGAUUUAAUAAGUAAAUAUCGAAGAGUGGAGCACAUAUUCCCUAAAGAUUACUUCAAGUAUUGCAAACAAGUUAGAGCAAGUCAGGGGUUCGAUGUUGAUGAUAAUCUGGACCUGGGUGACCUUGAAGGAAGCAUAUUUCCAAUGGAUGCAUCACGAAUUGGUGAUCCUGAAAUCAUAGAGUGUGCCCAGUAUUCUGUGAAGGAGUAUAACAGGCACCAGAAGGCAGGGCUGCAACUUGUGAGCGUGGAAAAGGGCACUCAUCAGCUUUGGGAUGUCGAUUUUAUGUACUACCUAACCUGUGAGGUAGAUGGUGGUGGGCAGAGAAAAACGUUGCUUGCUCAAGUUUUUUAUAGAGGGCUGGAAGGAGUGAAAAAGGUGACACUAAUGGAGUAUAGGCUUGUUGACAAGAACGGUGCCGUGAUUAAUCAUUUCAAACGAAUGCGUCAGGGUCCAAAUCUGUCAUGGUGCAAGGCCAAAGAUCAAAACAAUGUUUUUUAUUUCCAAAAUAGGAAUAAUUAAUGAAGUUUGAAAAAUACUGCCAUGUUUGAAGUCUGGUACUAUCAAAACAUGACAGUAAUUAGUCUUAUUUUGUAAAUAAAAACAUGGCAGUCCUAUUUUGGAAUUUUCAAACUUUUUUUUAUCCUAUUUGGAGUAAUAUUCUCAAGAUCAAAUAGUGCUUUCUUUCUCUUCCAAUUAGUCAAUGAAUUGAACCUUUUAGAGAUGGCAACGGAUGAGUUUGGGGCAAAGGUUCACUUCUUUGUCCUCGUCCCACGUCUAAAAUGUUCUUCAUCCCCUCUACUCCCAGACCCGUCCCGCCCAUGCUCCACCCCGUUGUCCCCCACGAGUGCCCCAUAUAGAUUUUAUUGAUCUUAUUUGCAUAUUUUUUAGUCCAUUUUAUAGAUAAAUAUAAAUAUAUACUCCG